CUAACUAGGUUACAGAAGGAGCGUCUUUCAUGGCGCAUGUAGUGCCCUUAAACAGGGAGCAGGAAGUCGUUUGGGAUUUAACCCCUAUUUCCGUCUCGGUGUCCUUGGCUGGAGAGAAUAAGCGAGAGAAGGAGAUAAUGUAUAGACACGUUGUGGCACUUCAGCAGCUGUCCCGACGGACGCUCACUAGUACCGCUCGCAGGCUGGUGGAGAAUAAAGUGCCCCAGAAGCAAAAGCUGUUCCAGGUUGUUGCACUCGAAACAUGUCCAACAGAUAAGUAUAUCAUAGCUGAACAAGGCUCUAAUACACUAACCUGCGUAUGGUGUGCUGAUUGAGCCUAACUGUGACAUUUUAAUAUAGUACAUUUACAAAAAGUAGCAGCAUGCAGGCUUUUACACACAGCAUAGUUCUUUAAUUCAUGCUUGUAGUCUGGAGAGUACACUUUGUCUUGACUAUUGGGGUUUUAUUCUGGGUGUAGCUGUGAUUUAUAAUAGGCAAUUGAAUCAUCCUGAUUUCUUUUGAUUUGCUUUUUUUUUCUUUUAAACUUCUAACAGUCUUCCAAUGAAGACUUUUGUACAGCAACAAAGUGAUGCAAAUUAUUUAGUGUAUAGUUUUGUGAUUGCUAGACAUAUUAACAUUCUCUAGAGGAUCAAAAUCGACUAGUGGCGAUUAUUUCUUGUAAAAUCUGAAAUGUCCACCCACAAUGUGUCACUAAAAUCAUCAGCUCACUAGUGAGUUAUUAUUAUUGAUUUUUUUUCUAAAUUCAAGUGUUUUUUUUUUUUUUUUUUGGGUGGGAAUUUUCUCAGGGGUGAAAGGAUGAAAAGAAA